GAGGGCAGCUGCCGCCAUGGUGUUGCACCCGGUGCUGGGGAAGCUGGUCAGCAAGAGGGUGGUGCUGGCCAGCGCCUCGCCGCGCCGGCAGGAGAUCCUCACCAACGUGGGCCUGCGGUUUGAGGUCGUUCCAUCCUGGUUUAAGGAAACACUCGAAAAGUCGUAUUUUGCAGCCCCUUAUGAAUAUGCUGUGGAAACAGCAAAACAGAAAGCUCUUGAAGUAGCGAACAGAAUGCAUGUAAAACACCUGAGAACACCUGAUGUUGUCAUAGGAGCAGACACUAUUGUGUCUGUGGAUGAACAAAUUCUGGAGAAACCAGUUGAUAAGCAAGAUGCAUAUAGGAUGCUCUCCAGGUUGAAUGGGAAAGAGCACAGUGUUUUCACAGGAGUGGCUAUUAUACAUUGCAGCAGUAAAGAUAAUCAGCUAGAGAUGGAAGUCACUGAUUUCUAUGAAGAGACUAAAGUAAAAUUUUCUGACCUGUCUGAAGAUCUUUUGUGGGAGUACAUUCAUAGUGGGGAGCCAAUGGACAAGGCUGGUGGAUAUGGAAUCCAGGCUCUCGGUGGAAUGUUAGUUGAGUAUGUUCAUGGAGACUUCUUGAACGUGAUGGGAUUUCCUCUGAAUCACUUCUGCAAAAAGCUAGCAGAAUUGUACUAUCCGCCUUCUAAACACAGCGUACAACAUAAAAAGCAUGACUCUAUCCCUUCUGUGGACACUUUUGAGAACCUAAGUGAUGGAGAAAGUGAAUCUUCAAAUUUCACAGAGCACAAAGGUUCUAGUAAGUUGGACAGCAGCGGGAUGUGUUCCUCAAGAUCUAUUAACAAUUCUGAAAACAGUUCUAGUGUCAGAAGUGGAUUUAUGGUACCUCUGGAAAAUCAGAAUGGCAUGCCAGAAAGUACAACAAAACUUCCAUCUAAAAUUCUAGAGCUGAUGGAUGGAUUUAGAGCCUCAAAGGCUCUGUUUGUAGCCUCUAAGCUGAAGAUGUUUGAUCACUUGAAAAAUAAAGGUCCACUGAAGGCUGUGGAUAUUGCAAAUGAGGUUGGAACCUCUGUGUGUGGAACAGAAAGACUUCUUGAUGCGUGUGCUGCUCUUGGAUUACUGGAGAAAACACCACAAGGGUACAGUAAUACAGAUUCAACAAAUACGUAUCUGACAUCAGAUGGUGAAUACUCACUUCAUGGCUACAUUAUCCACUCUAAUGACCACCUUUGGCCUCUCUUCACAUACCUGGAGUCUGCUGUCAAAGAAGGAAGCAGGCAGAACCAUCGAGCCUUUGGAAAGAAAGCAGAGGAUUUAUUUAAGGACUAUUAUCACAGCCAGGAAGUGAAGCAACGUUUUAUGGCUGCCAUGCACAGCAUUGCCCACCUAACAGCAAGAGACGUGGCUACAGCAUUUGAUCUUUCACGGUUUAAAUCUGCUUGUGAUUUAGGAGGUUGCACUGGAGCUCUAGCUCAUGAAUUAGUACAAAUAUACCCAAAUCUCAAAGUCACAGUAUUUGACCUUCCAGAAGUCAUUGCAAACACCUCUUACUUUCAGCCUUCUGCACAACACACAGCUCCAGUAACAUUUGUAUCAGGUGACUUCUUCAAGGAUAAUCUUCCAGAAGCAGAUCUUUAUAUCCUUUCACGUGUUCUUCAUGACUGGCCUGAUGAAAAGGUACAUGUGCUUUUAAGCAAGAUAGCAGCUGUUUGCAAACCAGGAAGUGCCUUGCUAGUGGCAGAAAGUGUGCUUGACGAACAGAAGACAUGCCCUCCUACAGCUGUACUACAGUCCCUCAGCAUGACUGAAGGCAAGCAAAGAAGUGGCUCAGAAUAUAAACAGCUGCUAGAGAAACAUGGAUUUACAAAUGUACAAAUUAAAAUCACAGAAAAUUUACUGGAUGUUGUUUUGUGCUUCCAGACCUUGUCACCAUAGUGUGCCCAGAAGCAGACUGAGAUGCUGAGUUUUUACAACACUUGUGCAAUGUACCCUUCAUCAGCCAGCACAUACUGUCAGUUUAGGAUAGUUUUGACCCUUUAUCUAAGGAAUAGUUGUUAUAGGCCUUGAAUAAAAGUUGGACUUAGCUUCUGCAGGAGUGAGUUCUAUGCAUUUAAGAAUUGUCUGACCAAAACUCCUAUGUAUUAAAUAUGUUCAUGUCCAGUUAUCUUGGCUAGUUUGCAGACUGUAUUAAGCUCAGACUUGCUGUCUAAAUGUAUUGCAUGGCAAGUUAAAACUAAAAGCUUUUAUGAGUCACAUUAAUACCUUUGUUUUCCUCAACCUUGAAAUUAAAGAGAAUUCUCCCUCUGCAGUAUAUUCAGUGGUUACUGCUCAUUUUUACUAGAAAUAAUAAAAAAAAAGUGAAUACUGCACCAUCUGUCUGAAUUCAGGGAUGCUUGUCCUCUUUUUCACUUUUCUGUGGGGCUUCCCUCAAAAACAACUCAAAGGUGCUCUCUUUUUUAAGCACUUUAUCCACAAGCAAAAGUGAAAAUAGGACGAAGCUCAAACAUAUUCCUACAGCAUCUAUAAUGUCACAGAGAAACUUCAGCCAUAGUAUGCACCCACGCAGGCUGUAGUAAAACCUGUUCCUGUCAGUUUUGGGAUUUUCUAAAUAUGGUUAAAUGGCCAUAUAUGUUUUCUGACUCAUUACUUGAGUUUUAGGAUUUAUGUGUAAAUUGUUACAAAAAUUUAAAAUAGAAGUUUCUUCAUGUUCUUCCAGUCUUUAGUUGGAGAAGUAUGUACUGUUAUCCCAUCUCUUCAAGUAAUUUGUCACUAAUGUCACAUUUCCUAACAUUUUGUUGGUUGCUUGUUUUCCCCGGUACUUCAUUAUUGUAUUUUUUUUUUCUAUUUAAAGUGUACUUUGUAGUGGAAGCCUUCCUAGAGAUUAAAGUUGCACUUUCAGACUA